AUGCAUCGGCUUUGGACGAUGAAAGGAGGCAAGGGUCUUGUCAGGUUUCAGACCAGUGUGUCACUCAAGUCUCGUCCUUCCAUGUGGGUGCGCAGGCUUGUGUUUGUUAUUGGCUUGUUUAUCGUCAUUGGAACCCUUUCACGUCUUUUCGGGCACGAGUUCUCUCUUUUCCCAAGAUGGAGCCACGUCAUAGCGAAGGAGUCCUUCGACCGGGUCAAUAUCGGGAGCCGGGGGGCUCUUAUUCUCUUGUUGAGGGUUCAGGGCAGGAUGAGGGAACCGAUGGAAUGGGCUGAAUGGGCCUGGUGCAUGAUCAGAGACGAAAACUUCUACUUGGGUGGCACCCUGACCCUAACCAACUCCCAGCCUCAUGGAGAUGCACAUCCGAGCCCCGUCAUCUACGACCCGUACCCUGCUUAUAACAGCAGAGAAUGGAAUAAGACAUAUCGCGGUAGCUUUCAGCCAUGCCUAGGGCCGAGAGGUCGUGAUUUGGAUCGAACUCGCUUAGAAGACAUGGUACUUGUGUACAAAGGAAAGCAAACCGCGUUUCCCGAGUCUCGAUUUGGUUCACACGAAGUAAUGGGUCUAGACGGAGAUGUUUGCACAGAUCGCUACUCUCGCUUUGGGGCCUACGGAUUCGACGAUGACAGCCUAGAGGAUGUUCCUGGUUUCACUCGGCCUCCACGAGUGAAAUGGGAUGAAGUGGACUGGAGAGAUCUUCAAUCUCUUUGCUACGAGAGGAAUGCGGAUCGCUACAGUCUGCAUAAUUCGAUGAAUCGGUCUUAUCAGCGUCCACUCUCCUUUGAGUUAAGAGAGCCCCCUCGAGAGAUUCCUGAACCGGACCCCUCUGAAACCGGGACGAAGCAGUAUCAUCCUCGAUCAGCUGUCCUCAUUCGAUCGUGGGACAGUAUGCUGUGGACACCGAAUCACCGGGAGUACCUUCGAGCGAUUAUCAUGGAGCUUUCCUUGCACUCUGGAGGGGAGUAUGAGGUCUUCCUCAUGGUUCACGUUAAGGACGAUAAACUACCGAUCUUCUCGGAUGCCAAACCCAUGAGAGAUUUACGGGAGUCGAUACCCCCGGAGUUUCGAAACAUCGCUGUGUUCUUCAAUAACAAGUUGUUGGAGGCGUGGUAUCCUAAAAUUGAAGAGCAUACCCCCGUUCUACAACAUCACAAACCGCUACAGAUUUUCUCCCAGCUUUACCCACAGUUUGAUUACUAUUGGCAACUCGAGAUGGACGGGCGACACACGGGCAAUAUCUAUCAAUUCUUAGAUAAAUCCAUCUCCUUCGCGAAACAACAGCCGCGCAAAUACUUAUGGGAGCGCAACGCUUACUUCUACACCCCCGGCGCACACGGUACUUGGGAAAAGUUCAAAGAGAUGACCAGCCACAGUCUCCAAGAUAUCUCCGCCCAGACAAUCUGGGGGCCAGUUACGGGGUCGGGAAUCAGACCCAUGGGCCCAGAGCCACCCAAUCCUUCUCCAGAGAACGACAAUUUCAACUGGGGCGUUGGAGAAGAGGCAGACUUCAUUACUUUCCUUCCCAUAUUCAACCCCAAGGAUACCACAUGGACGUAUCCAAACAAGAUUUGGAAUUUCAGACAGAGCCGUGAAACGCCACGUCGUUCUGCAGUAAUUACGAUGGGCAGGUACUCACGGCGCCUGCUCAACCUUAUCCACAAGGACCAGGCAACGCGCGGAUUAGGCCUCGCAUCCGAAAUGACGGGUGUUUCAUGGUCCUUAUUCCAUGGACUGAAGGCUGUCCACGUUCCACACCCGAUCUAUGCAGAUGGCAAGUGGACACCACAAGAGCUUGCGCGAAUCUACAAUCGCGGAUCCCCUGAAAACAUCAAUGGUGGGCCAGACAGUCUUUGGAACUUGGAUCAUUUGUACGACCACAUUACGUAUCGACUUUCCUACAUGUUUACGACACAGUUGGCAGAGGAUCUGUACAGGCGGUGGCUCGGGUUCAGGACCGCAGAGAAUCAGGGUGGGAAGCAGUCAACAGAGGCUCAGUUUGGGCGCCAUUGCUUCCCUUCCAUGUUUCUGCAUAACAUCAAGAACGUCGAAAGUGCAUUUGGACCGGAUAAAGCAGUUCCGUGA